CUGCUGCAGCCAUGUCAAAUGUCGAGAUGGCCGAGUUUGGUCCCGCUGCUCCCUACCUGCGGCAGACGGAAAAGCAAAGGAUCGAAGCGCAGAACCGGCCUUUCGACCUGAAGAAAGACGUGUUUGUGCUGGACGACAAGGUGGAGUUUGUCAAGGCCAAAGUCAUGUCCAGGGAGGGUGGCAAUGUCACCGUGGAGACGGAGAAUGGCAAGACGGUGACGGUGAAGGAAGACCAGAUAAUGCAGCAGAACCCGCCCAAGUUCGACAAGAUAGAAGACAUGGCGAUGCUGACCUUUCUGCACGAACCGGCCGUCCUCUACAACCUCAAGGAACGUUACGCGGCCUGGAUGAUCUAUACCUACUCCGGGCUCUUCUGUGUGACCGUCAACCCCUACAAGUGGCUGCCCGUCUACAAUGCAGAAGUGGUGGCCGCCUAUCGGGGCAAGAAGCGAAGCGAGGCCCCUCCCCACAUCUUCUCCAUCUCUGACAAUGCGUACCAAUACAUGUUGACAGAUCGGGAGAACCAGUCCAUCCUGAUCACCGGAGAAUCCGGUGCUGGGAAGACGGUGAACACCAAGCGGGUCAUCCAGUAUUUUGCGGUGAUCGCCGCCAUCGGCGACCGGAGCAAAAAGGAGCAGGCCCCUACAGGCAAGGGGACUCUGGAAGAUCAAAUCAUCCAGGCCAACCCUGCUCUGGAAGCCUUCGGCAACGCCAAAACGGUGCGGAAUGACAACUCGUCCCGAUUUGGUAAAUUCAUCCGGAUCCAUUUUGGGGCCACAGGGAAGCUGGCUUCGGCAGACAUAGAAACUUACCUUCUUGAAAAAUCUCGAGUCAUCUUCCAGCUCAAAUCGGAGAGGAACUACCACAUCUACUACCAGAUCCUGUCCAACAAGAAGCCAGAACUUCUAGACAUGAUGCUGGUCACCAACAACCCAUACGACUACGCCUUCAUCUCCCAAGGAGAGACCACAGUGCCCUCUAUUGACGACGCCGAGGAACUGUUAGCAACUGACAGUGCCUUUGACGUCUUGGGCUUCACCCAGGAGGAGAAAAACUCCAUCUACAAGUUGACCGGGGCCAUCAUGCACUACGGGAAUAUGAAAUUCAAACAGAAGCAGCGCGAAGAGCAGGCAGAGCCUGACGGCACUGAAGAAGCGGACAAGUCAGCCUACCUGAUGGGGUUGAACUCUGCAGACCUUCUGAAGGGCCUCUGCCACCCAAGGGUGAAAGUGGGCAACGAGUACGUCACCAAAGGGCAAAAUGUCCAACAGGUGUACUACGCUAUCGGUGCUCUGGCUAAGUCAGUGUAUGAGAAAAUGUUUGGCUGGAUGGUCGUCAGGAUCAACUCCACCCUGGAAACCAAGCUGCCGCGACAGUAUUUCAUCGGAGUGCUCGACAUUGCUGGCUUCGAGAUCUUCGAUUACAACAGCUUCGAGCAGCUCUGCAUCAACUUCACCAACGAGAAGCUGCAGCAGUUCUUCAACCACCACAUGUUCGUGCUGGAGCAGGAGGAGUACAAGAAGGAGGGCAUCGAGUGGGAGUUCAUCGACUUCGGCAUGGACCUCCAGGCCUGCAUCGACCUCAUCGAGAAGCCAAUGGGCAUCAUGUCCAUCCUAGAAGAAGAAUGUAUGUUUCCCAAAGCCAGCGACAUCACCUUCAAGGCCAAGCUCUUCGACAACCACCUGGGCAAGUCGGCCAACUUCGGGAAGCCCCGGAACAUCAAGGGCAAGCCGGAAGCUCACUUUGCCCUCGUCCACUAUGCUGGCACCGUCGACUACAACAUCAUCGGCUGGCUGCAGAAGAACAAGGACCCCCUCAACGAGACGGUGGUGGGGCUCUACCAGAAGUCGGCUCUGAAGCUCCUGGCCACCCUUUUUGCCAACUACGCUGGAGCAGACGCACCAACCGACAGCAAAGGCAAAGGGACUAAGAAGAAGGGCUCCUCUUUCCAGACCGUCUCCGCUUUGCACAGGGAGAACCUCAACAAGCUGAUGACCAACUUGCGCUCCACUCACCCCCACUUUGUGCGGUGCAUCAUCCCCAACGAGACCAAGGCUCCAGGGGUGAUAGACAAUUCUCUGGUCAUGCACCAGCUGCGCUGCAACGGGGUUCUGGAGGGGAUCCGGAUCUGCCGGAAGGGGUUCCCCAACCGUAUCCUCUACGGGGACUUCAGGCAAAGAUAUCGUAUCCUGAAUCCGGCUGCCAUCCCGGAGGGUCAGUUCAUCGACAGCAGGAAGGGAGCAGAGAAGUUGUUGGGCUCUCUGGACAUCGAUCACAAUCAGUACAAAUUUGGGCACACCAAGGUGUUCUUCAAGGCUGGCCUUCUGGGCCUGCUAGAAGAGAUGAGGGACGAACGUCUGUCCCGCAUCAUCACCCGCAUCCAAGCGCAGUCCCGUGGUGUCCUCUCUAGGAUAGAAUUCAGGAAGAUCAUGGAACGGAAGGAAUCUCUGCUGGUGAUCCAGUACAACAUCCGGGCUUUUAUGGUGGUGAAGAACUGGCCAUGGAUGAGGCUGUUCUUCAAGAUCAAGCCACUGCUGAAAAGCGCAGAGACUGAGAAGGAGUUGUUGGCCCUUAAGGAAGAGCUUGCGAGGCUGAAGGAAGCUCUGGAGAAGUCUGAGGGCCGUCGCAAAGAGCUGGAGGAGAAGAUGGUCUCUCUGCUGCAAGAGAAGAAUGACCUUCAGCUGCAAGUCCAGGCGGAGCAAGACAAUCUUGCAGAUGCCGAAGAACGCUGCGACCAGUUGAUCAAGAACAAGAUCCAGCUGGAAGCCAAGGUGAAGGAACAGACAGAGCGUCUGGAGGAUGAGGAGGAGAUGAACGCCGAACUGACAGCCAAGAAGCGGAAGCUGGAAGAUGAGUGCUCGGAGCUCAAGAAGGAUAUCGACGACUUGGAGUUGACCCUGGCCAAGGUGGAGAAAGAGAAGCAUGCGACGGAGAACAAGGUUAAGAACCUCACAGAGGAGAUGGCCGGCCUGGAUGAGAUCAUUGUCAAGCUGACUAAGGAAAAGAAGGCCCUCCAGGAAGCCCACCAGCAAGCCCUGGACGACCUUCAGGCAGAGGAGGACAAGGUCAACACCCUCACGAAAGCCAAGGUCAAGCUGGAGCAACAGGUGGAUGAUCUGGAGGGCUCCCUGGAGCAAGAGAAGAAGAUCCGGAUGGACCUGGAACGGGCGAAGAGGAAGCUGGAAGGGGACUUGAAGCUGACGCAAGAGAGCAUCAUGGAUUUAGAGAACGACAAACAGCAGCUGGAUGAGAAGCUGAAAAAGAAAGACUUUGAGCUCAGUGCACUGAAUGCAAGAAUUGAAGAUGAGCAAGCCUUGGGUGUCCAGCUGCAGAAGAAGCUCAAAGAGUUACAGGCACGGAUUGAAGAGCUGGAAGAAGAGCUGGAGGCCGAGCGCACGGCCCGGGCCAAGGUGGAGAAGCAGCGUUCCGACCUCUCCCGGGAGCUGGAGGAGAUCAGCGAGCGGCUGGAGGAGGCGGGGGGCGCCACCUCGGUGCAGAUCGAGAUGAACAAGAAGCGGGAGACCGAGUUCCAGAAGAUGCGGCGCGACCUCGAAGAGGCGACCCUGCAGCACGAGGCCACGGCGGCGGCCCUGCGCAAGAAGCACGCCGACUCGGUGGCGGAGCUGGGCGAGCAGAUCGACAACCUGCAGCGGGUGAAGCAGAAGCUGGAGAAGGAGAAGAGCGAGCUGAAGCUGGAGGUGGACGACGUCACUUCCAACAUGGAGCAACUCAUGAAAGCCAAGGCCAACCUGGAGAAGAUGUGCCGCACAUUUGAAGACCAAAUGAACGAACACCGGGCCAAGUCCGAAGAGUCUCACCGGAUGGUUAAUGACCUCACCACGCAGCGGGCCAAACUCCAAACAGAGAAUGGGGAACUGUCCCGCCAGCUGGAUGAAAAGGAAGCUUUGAUAAACCAGCUCACACGAGGGAAGCUGACUUACACCCAACAACUAGAAGAUCUAAAGAGGCAACUGGAGGAAGAAGCCAAGGCCAAGAAUGCUCUGGCGCAUGCCCUCCAGUCGGCCCGCCACGACUGCGACCUGUUGAGGGAACAGUACGAGGAAGAGACGGAGGCUAAAGCAGAGCUCCAACGCUCGCUCUCCAAGGCCAACUCCGAGGUGGCUCAGUGGAGGACCAAGUACGAGACAGAUGCCAUCCAGAGGACGGAGGAAUUAGAGGAGGCCAAGAAGAAGCUGGCGCAGCGGCUGCAGGACGCCGAGGAGGCCGUGGAGGCUGUGAAUGCCAAGUGCUCCUCGCUGGAGAAGACCAAGCACCGUCUGCAGAACGAGAUCGAAGACCUCAUGGUGGACGUGGAGCGCUCGAAUGCGGCUGCGGCUGCCCUGGACAAGAAGCAGAGGAACUUCGAUAAGCUCCUGUCCGAGUGGAAGCAGAAGUACGAGGAGUCCCAGAUGGAGCUUGAAUCAUCACAAAAGGAGGCCCGUUCACUCAGCACUGAGCUCUUCAAGCUGAAGAAUGCCUACGAGGAGUCCUUGGAGCAUCUGGAGACCUUCAAGAGGGAAACCAAGAACUUGCAGGAGGAGAUCUCAGAUCUUACUGAGCAGCUUGGAGCUAGUAACAAAAACAUUCACGAGCUGGAGAAGAUUCGGAAACAGCUGGAGGCUGAGAAGUUGGAGCUGCAGGCAGCCCUUGAGGAGGCUGAGGCCUCUCUGGAGCACGAGGAAGGCAAGAUCCUCCGGGCCCAGCUGGAGUUCAACCAGAUCAAGGCCGACAUCGAGCGCAAGCUGGCUGAGAAGGAUGAGGAGAUGGAGCAAGCCAAGCGAAACCACUUGCGCAUGGUGGACUCGCUUCAGACUUCGCUGGACGCUGAGACCCGCAGCCGCAAUGAGGCGCUGAGGGUGAAGAAAAAGAUGGAGGGCGACCUCAACGAGAUGGAGAUCCAACUGAGUCAUGCCAACCGCAUAGCUGCCGAGGCCCAGAAGCAAGUCAAAACUCUCCAGGGAUACCUCAAGGACACCCAGAUACAACUGGACGACGUUGUCCGAGCCAAUGAGGACCUGAAAGAAAACAUCGCUAUUGUUGAACGGAGGAACAAUCUCUUGCAGUCAGAGCUGGAGGAAUUGCGUGCUGUGGUGGAACAGACAGAAAGAGCGCGGAAACUGGCUGAACAGGAGUUGAUUGAAGCCAGCGAAAGGGUCCAGCUCCUCCACUCUCAGAACACCAGCCUCAUCAACCAGAAAAAGAAGAUGGAGUCCGACCUCUCCCAACUGCAGACGGAGGUGGAGGAAGCCGUCCAGGAGUGCAGGAACGCCGAAGAGAAGGCCAAGAAAGCCAUCACUGAUGCGGCCAUGAUGGCGGAGGAGCUGAAGAAGGAGCAGGACACCAGCGCCCACCUGGAGCGGAUGAAGAAGAACAUGGAGCAGACCAUCAAGGACCUGCAGAUGCGGCUGGACGAGGCCGAGCAGCUGGCCCUCAAGGGCGGCAAGAAGCAGCUCCAGAAGCUGGAGGCCCGGGUGCGAGAGUUGGAGAACGAGCUGGAGCUGGAGCAGAAGCGCAACGCGGAGAACGUCAAGGGGAUGCGCAAGUGCGAGCGGCGCAUCAAGGAGCUCACCUACCAGACCGAGGAAGAUCGGAAGAACCUCGUUCGCCUCCAGGACCUAGUGGAUAAACUCCAGCUGAAGGUGAAAGCGUACAAGAGGCAGGCCGAAGAGGCGGAGGAGCAGGCCAACUCCAACCUGGCCAAGUUCCGGAAGGUUCAGCAUGAGCUGGAUGAGGCCGAGGAGAGGGCCGACAUCGCUGAGUCCCAGGUCAACAAGCUGAGGGCCAAGAGCCGUGAUAUCGGGGCAAAGAAAGGUCUGAACGAGGAGUAACUCCUUGGAAGAUCACUUCCCCUUGUCUCCCCCCCCCCCCGCCUGUCUCUCCAGACGUCAAAGUCGCUGGAGAGAUCUGCCCAACUCCCCUCGCUCUGUAUAUUAGCACCGCUCCCAAAACGUAGGAUAAAGACCAUCAUACAGCAA